UCGGUCUUCCUCCUCUUUAUUUCCACAACUGUUUUCCGGUUUUUCAAAUAUCAAGCAUGAUUCGACACAGCCCAUAUCUUCGUGUUUUAAGUCUGGCUACAUUAUCAAAGGUUGGUACAAGAUGCUUGAUGGCACAGGCUAGUCAAGCAAAUGAACAUAUAAUCAGAAAUGAAGAAUACGCUGAUCUUGAUUGGAAUAAUUUGGGAUUUGGCCUUACACGAACCGAUUACAUGUACGUAGCUAAAUGCACAAACGACGACAGUUUUGAGGGUCAUUUGAGGGAUUAUGGUAACAUUGAAUUAAGCCCGGCUGCUGGAGUCCUAAACUAUGGCCAGGGAAUUCUUGAAGGUACAAAAGCGUUUAGAAGAGACGAUGGCGGGAUUUUACUAUUUCGACCAGACCAAAAUGCAAUUCGGAUGCAAAUUGGAGCCGAGAGAAUGUGCAUGCCAUCCCCAACCGUACAAGAAUUUGUAGAUGCCAUGAAACAAACUGCCUUGGCUAACAAACGUUGGAUUCCACCUCUAGGGAUGGGAUCACUUUACAUUAGGCCUUUGCUCAUCGGCAGUGGACCUACAUUGGGUGUAUCUCCUGCUCCAGAGUACACAUUUUUAGUAUAUGCCUGUCCUGUUGGCAAUUAUUUUAAGGGCGGUAUGCAGCCAUUGAACUUAUACGUUGAAGAUGAGUUUCAUCGUGCAACUCGUGGUGGAGUAGGAUGUGUUAAAAGCAUCACGAAUUAUGCCCCGGUAUUAAAAGCAAUAUCAAAAGCAAAGGGACAAGGAUUCACAGAUGUUGUGUACCUUGAUUCGAUCCACAAGAAAUACAUUGAGGAAGCUAGUUCUUCAAACAUUUUCCUAGUGAAGGGGAACGUUAUUGCAACUCCUGCUACAAUGGGUACUAUUCUUGAAGGGAUCACAAGAAAGAGUAUUAUCGAUAUAGCACGCGACUUAGGAUACAAGGUCGAGGAACGUUCUAUUGCGGUAGAAGAGUUAAUGGAAGCCGAUGAAGUUUUCACAACCGGAACAGCCGUUAGUGUUGCCACUGUUGGUAGCAUAACAUACCAGAAUCAAAGAGUGGAGUAUAAAACUGGUGAUGGGCUAGUGAGUCGCAAAUUAUACGAGACGCUAUUAGGGAUUCAAGUUGGAAAGAUUGAAGACAAAUACAAUUGGGUUAUUGACAUUGAUCCAAAAUCUUAAGAGUUUUAACUGUAUUAUUUGUUAAAUGGAAGCCAUAUCAAUAAUUGAAUGAAAGGAUAAGCAGAUAAUUCUUAAACGGUAUGUCAUUGAAAUGGACUAAACAUUAACUAACACCCAAUUAGUGAAAUAUUUUUAAUAAUAUUUUGAGGUAAUUUUUUUCA